ACAAAGAUGAAAGUAAAGGGAGGAGGGAGGAGAAAGAGUUGGGAGGCAUUGCCUGUUUCAGCUGCUAUUGCUGCUGCUGAAGCUGAUUUACCUGCCGAUUCCAACUACAAUCCCCUCAAUCACUCUUCAUCUUCUGCCCCUUCUCUUCUUCCUCUCCAUGAGCAUGCCCCCCAACUACAACCCCAUCAUCACGACGAUGCCCUAGGCCUCCUCCACUCUCAACCCCAACCCCAACCCCAACCCCAGACCCAACCCCAACCCCAAACCCAAACCCAACCCCAACCCCAUGGAGAUACUGUAGCUCCUCCUGUCGAUGUCGAGGUUGACGACGAGGAGGACGACGAUGACGCUGACGACGCUGAUGCCGAAGCUGACGCCGGCGACAAUACGGAACGUCCCAAGCUAGACGAGGGCUUCUAUGAAAUCGAAGCCAUUCGCCGUAAAAGGGUUCGGAAGGGUCAGCUUCAGUACCUUAUCAAAUGGCGUGGUUGGCCCGAGACUGCCAAUACUUGGGAGCCCUUGGAGAAUCUCCAGUCCUGCUCUGAUGUUAUUGAUGCAUUUGAGGAGAGCUUGCGACUGGGAAAGCAUCGAAAGCGAAAGCGCAAGCAUGGGACUCCCCAUACUCAACCCAAGAAGAGGCAGCAGCGUUCUUCAUUCACUGCCUACAAUGAUACAGGUGUUGAGAUUGUUGACAUUGACAAAUCCCUGUCCUCCGCAGCUCUUGACAAUUUGAGCCUUGCUCACCUUCCUGCCCUCCCACACUCUCUGAGUUCUGCUUGUGAGGAAGACCACACUAGGGAUGCAAACAGUGCUGAAGCAGCCAAGAAAGCCAAUAUUGAGAAUGGGUAUGUAAAUGUUUCUCAACAGAUUGUUGAAAGGAGAGAUGAAAAUGAGUAUGAUCCAAAGCUAAGUGAGCUUAAAGUAACAACGUCAAGUAACAAUGUGGAUAAACUAGCCAUACAUUUUCAAGAUGCCAAGGCUUCUGAAGGUAAAGGCCCCAUUGAUGGACUUUCUAAGGUUGAUAGUUUGGAACCAGUUCAGAGCAAUCGAAGUAUUGGAUCUAGGAGAAGGAAGUCUGGUUCUGUGAAGAGGUUUAAACAAGAGCCACACAUAUGCGAACUGGUUGUCGAACAAAAUGCAACAAGCAGAAACAGAAUUGUGUCUGGUGGCAGGGUUGAGCUCGUUGGGGUUGAAUAUCCUGACACUACAGGGGAGAAUUCAAGCCACAAGAAUAAGAUUGAUGAAUCAAAAAAUGCAUUGCGUAUCACCAAGAUUAUUAAGCCGAUAGGCUAUUCAGCUUCAGUGUCAAACAACAUCCAGGAUGUGUCAGUAACCUUUAUGGCCAUGGGAUCCGAUGGGAGGGAGGUGAUGGUGGAUAACAAGUUUCUCAAGGCUAACAAUCCACUUCUGUUGAUCAACUUUUAUGAGCAACAUCUUCGAUACAGUCCUACAUUGUGAUGGGACGAAGGUACAAAUGGAGGAUAAGCUAGCUGGAUGUGCAUCUUCUAUGGUGUUAGCUGUAUACAGUGUAUUAUUCUUGUAGUUGCAGGAGAUAGUGCAGGUUAACAAACGAAAUUUAGUGUAAAACUAAGUUAUAUACCAUCAAACUAGUUCAUAUACCGGUAGCCAAUCUGCCUAUUCUCUUUUUUGUUUCUCAUCUGUAUGACUAUGUCAUCUGCGUAUUUAACAUGGAGAUUGGAGAUAACUAGAGGGCAUCUCCUCGUUUUGUCAAGUGAAUUUAUCAUGUCAUCUCUGGAUAUUAACAUGGAAGUGAUUGGAAAGUCAUGUUUCUCCC